AAAUCCGACAGUAAAUAAUUACCAGCGACGUUUAUCUAUCAGAUUUUUUGGAGGAUUCCAUUGGUAAUUCCGGUGGUUUUCGACUUUUUUUUUUGUUGUGCCGGUUGUCGUCAAAUCUUCAGCGGGCCAUGCACCUCCCCCUACGUACCCCCCAUAAUUUUUCAGAAUUUCAUGCAAAUUUUCAUCAAUUUUGCAACACAAUUGCACAUUAUUGAUCAAAUAAUUCUUCGGCCUCAUGUGGAGCAAGAACCCUCAGCGGCAUCGGCAUCCUUCAUGGGUAGCGUCCUUCAAUGGCUUCUUCAAUUGAUGAAGGAGAUUGCAGUUUUAGUGCUUUAUGCAAUGCGUCUGUGAAUUAUCAUUCUCUUGAAGAAGAUUCUGAGUCCGUGAAUCUUCUUCCUCUUGAACACAUUCAUGAGAUGGACAGUGAGGAAUGGAGGAACAACGACAAUUGGCAACCGUGGGUUGUACCAACUAUGAACACGGCGCUGUUGAAGCUCGAUAAUGGUGACUCUAUGACUGAGAUGACCUGCAUGAGAGGGUGGCACACGGGAAUGCAGCAUAGGCGGAGGCAGCAUUUCCCUUGGGGAAGAAAGAUGUGAGAGAGGGAAGUGAAGUGGUGAGGGUUUUAGAUUUUUAUUUUUCUUUAUUGGAACAAUAAAAGUGAAUUUUUGGAGUGAAUUAAAUGUUUUUGAC